GAGAAGAGGAGGAAGAGGAAGAAGAAGAGGGGCACCGCUCACAGACUCGGUCACGGAUCCGUUCAUUCGGUGCGGUUUUUACAAGAACCGCACGCUGACCUCUCCUCUCUUUCUUCCCGCAUGUGACCGCAUCUUCUCUUUCUAUUUCAUUUAAUUUUUUUUCUUUUUUCUAUUUCUUAAACAUGGAGGCGGAGCGAGGCGUCUAGUGAAAGAAACCAGCCGAGGAGAUCUGACUGUAGCGUGUGAGAGUGUGACUUGGAUUUAAAGCUCACGGACUGAGCCUGACAUGAGUCUGGCUCUCACCCGGGCUGACGUGCGCAUCUCCCCCGCUCUCCGGCCCCGCGGGUACUAAGGAUGCGGCUGGCAGCGCGGGUACCUGUCCUGGUUUCACACCGGCUCGGUUCGUCCCGGUAGACUGAUCCUACCCGGUGCUGCUGCUGCUGCUGCUGCUGCGGUGUCCUCAGGGGCCACCAGAGUGAUUUUUAUUAUUAUUAUUUUUUUUUAAUUCUUACAAGAACCGGAUCCGCCACCAGCAGCUUGACAGAUGGAUAACUACUCUACUUUACAACUGCAGUGUCUGGAAAUGACCACGAAGCGGAAGCUGAUUGGCCGGCUGGUGCCGUGCCGUUGUUUCCGUGGCGAAGAGGAAGUGAUCUCAGUGUUGGACUACUCCCACUGCAGCCUGCAGCAGGUCCCCAAGGAGAUCUUCAGCUUCGAGAGAACUCUGGAGGAGCUCUACCUAGAUGCCAACCAGAUUGAGGAACUACCCAAGCAACUCUUCAACUGCCAGGCCUUGAAGAAGCUGAGCAUGCCCGAUAACGACCUGUCCAACCUGCCCACCACCAUCGCCAGCUUGGUUAACCUCAAAGAGCUGGACAUCAGUAAAAACGGUAUCCAGGAGUUUCCAGACAAUAUAAAAUGCUGUAAAGGCCUGUCUGUGGUGGAGGCCAGUGUCAACCCCAUCACCAAACUCCCAGAUGGUUUCACGCAGCUCCUGAAUCUGACACAGCUCUUCUUAAACGAUGCCUUCCUGGAAUAUCUGCCAGCUAACUUUGGCAGACUCUCCAAACUACGGAUCCUGGAGCUGAGAGAGAACCACCUGAAAACCAUGCCAAAGUCCAUCCACAGACUGACACAGUUGGAGAGGUUGGAUCUGGGUAGCAAUGAAUUCUCUGAUGUGCCGGAGGUGUUGGAGCAGAUCCACAACCUGAAAGAGCUAUGGAUGGAUAACAACUCUCUGCAGUCUAUACCAGGGUCUUUAGGAAAACUACGUCAGUUGCGGUACUUGGACUUAGCUAAGAAUCGCAUCGAGACGUUGGACACGGAUAUUUCAGGCUGCGAGUCCUUAGAGGACCUGCUGCUGUCCUCCAACAUGCUGCAGCACCUUCCUGACACUAUAGGAAUGUUGAAGAAGCUGACAACAUUGAAGGUAGAUGACAACCAGCUGACCUCACUGCCUAACACCAUUGGGAGUGCGAAGCCCAAGCAAGGUCUGUCUCUGUUGGAGGAGUUGGACUGUAGUUGCAAUGAGUUGGAGUCGUUGCCUCCCACCAUUGGCUACCUGCACAGCCUGAGGACCUUUGCUGCCGACGAGAACUUCCUCUCAGAGCUGCCCCGGGAGAUCGGUAACUGUAAGAACGUGACGGUGAUGUCGCUGCGGUCCAACAAACUGGAGUUUCUCCCUGAUGAGAUCGGACAGAUGACCAAACUACGAGUCCUGAACCUUAGUGACAACAGGUUAAAGAAUCUACCGUUUACCUUUACUAAGCUGAAGGACCUGGCAGCUCUCUGGCUCUCUGACAAUCAGUCCAAGGCUCUGAUCCCGCUGCAGACAGAAGCCCACCCUGAAACCAAACAGAAGGUUUUGACCAACUACAUGUUUCCUCAGCAACCGCGACACGAUGAGGAUUACCAGUCGGACAGUGACAGCUUUAAUCCUACACUGUGGGAGGAACAGAGACAGCAGAGGAUGACUGUGGCCUUUGACUUUGAGGACAAGAAAGAAGAGGAAGACAACUCUGGGAAGGUCAAGGUGGAGAUCAACCUAAAGCGCUACCCUACACCCUACCCUGAGGACCUGAAGAACAUGGUCAAGUCGGUGCAAAGCCUUGUGGGUAAAAGUGUGCAUGCCGGACACCCGCAGCUACACCAACACCAACAUCAACACCAACACCAACACCAACUCCAACACCAGCACCAGCAUCAGCACCAGCACCAGCACCAGCUGAGCACAGGCACUGCCACCUCGGCAGGAACCAACAUGGAGCACUCGCACCUCAGCAAAGAACAGUACGAGCCACCGUGGCCCCUGCCCCCCAAAGAGGUGACAGACAGAGAGAUGCAGGACUUCUCUCAGAAUCAGCUAAUGGAUCAGGGAUCAAUGCAUAACUCUGGCAUCGACAUUCCCAAGAGGAAGGACAAAGAGGACCUGACAGAGAGCUCUGAGGACUCGAUGGGCGGCUCCCCCAACGACAUCCGUAUCUCCGACAUGAGGCCCACCCUGGUGGAGCCACCGAUGUACAAACCAAAGGUGGUGCUGCUGGGGAAGGACAAGAAAGAGUCGACAGAUGAGGAGGUAGAUAAGCUCCACUGUCUCAACCACAGCGGCUCCUCGGCCACAUAUUCCGACUACUCCCCCUCGCAGGGCUCCUCCGGCUCCUCCAACCCGCCCGCCAACGCACACUCGCACUCUCACGCACAUCAACACGCCCCCGCCCUGCCGGCCCCCACCAAGGACCAGGCCCCUCAGACGCACUGGACCAACAGACUGGCUCAGUCAUUCCCCAAGCCCAUUGACUCCAAGCCCCUGCUAUCUCAGCGAGAAACCCCUCCGUCAGGAACCCUGCAGCAGCGCGGAGAUCGACGUCCACUGAGUGAGCCUUUUGAUUGGUCCGAGGCCCCUCACUACGACAACACAGGGUUCGACGCAGAGGAGUCUCCCCUGGAUCCUCCAUCCAGCGGGAGUCAGGGAAACCCACCGCUGGGCUCCAAGCCCCGCAGCCAGUCAACACACGGGCGCCGCCCCCUCCUCAGGCAAGAGCGAAUCGUAGGAGUCCCUCUCGAGCUGGACACUCAGACGCUCCCCUUCCACAGCAACCAACGCUCCACUCCGGACAAUGACCCACAAUCCGGACCUUCAUCUCAGAAUCCUUGGCAGAACUGGACCAGAACCCCCAGCCCACUGGAGGAUCGAACCGCUUUUCCCUCCAAACUGGACAUGACGCCCUCCUCCAGCCCCAACCCUGACCGCAAGGACAUAGACUCAAGAAUGGAGCAAGGUGCAGGGCCUCUACCUGGCAGCUGGUCGUAUCACAACAAUCAGGGGGACCAGAACAGGAAAGAUCAGUUAACCGUCAGCGGGGGCAACAAGGUGACUGUGGUGAUGAGUAAAAGCUCCGACCGCCUGUCCCCCAUGAUGAGGGAGACGAGAUCCAAGUUUAAGAAGUCACAGAGCAUCGAUGAGAUUGACAUCGGCUCCUACAAGGUUUACAGUAUUCCCAUGGAUAGCUACAGUUCAUCCAUCGAGCAGCAGACUAGUCUGGAUCGUCCAGAGUUGCCGGGUUCGAUGGAGCAGACCAGCAUGUCCCGGUCACAGUCUGCCCCCAUGUUAGACGAUGAGCUGGGCUUCCCGGGACAUGGACACGGACAUGGCAACCAGAACCAGCAGAACCAAAAACCUGCCAUCCCACAGAAGGCAUACCACUUCGACCACAACUACAACCCCCAGGUGACCAUGGACCGUCGGGUCCCUCCCCCCUUCCCCAACACACCAGACUAUGUCAACCACUCAUCGAAGGCUUUGGAGUACAUCAGUCAACCAGGGAAGACAUUACCCAAGGAGCUGGUGAGCCCCCGGUAUCGUGCAUAUCCACCUCUGGAGAUGUUUUCUUUCCCCCAGUCGCCAAUCAACCAGGACGGUCCGUCCAGCCAGCAGCAGCAGCCGAUCCCAUCGCAGCGCUCGAGGCCAGGGUUCUUGAGGAGAGCGGAUUCAUUGGUGAGCUCCACCGAGCUCGCUUUGUUCCGCAGAGUCCACGAAGCGCAGCAGGAGGCGCUGCAGGAAGCUCAGUACAGACAGCAGGCGGACCCCCCUCUCUACAGUCGGGCUCUUGCCUACUCCACCCCUAUGGAGCACUCUGCUGUCACCAACAUGGCCGACAGCCAGAGCCAGAUGCUGCACAAUAAGAGAAACGGUCGCUAUGAUGACGACUACCCCACCUACCAGGAACAGAAGAAGCCAAUGACUGGUUAUCCGACCAAGAGCUUGACCCAGCGCCGCCCCCUGUCUGCCAGGAGCUACAGCACUGAGACCUAUGGGGCAUCUCAGGCCCGUCCAGUGUCAGCCCGUCCUACCAUGGCUGCCCUGCUGGAGAAGAUGCCCCCUGACUACACUCUGGCAACCUGCCCUGAGAAACCGUCCGAUGACACCAUCAAAGUAAGACCUGUCGUACCACAGAAACCUGAAGACAUCACCUCCAGGAUGCCCGCCGACUGGAGGCAACAGCUACUCAGGCACAUAGAGGCCAAGCGAUUGGACAGGAGUGGUGUCCUAAAGCACAACACGCUCACGCUGGGCAUGCUCUGUCAGGGCGGGGGUCACGGCCAGGGGCGCAGCAGCACUUUGAACUUUAACCUUUACAAUAACACUAAGCAUGAGCCCCCUGCUGGCCGCUGGCUGCCACUACCUCCUCCUCCGUCUGCCAACGCUACCCCCUCUCAACAGGCUGCCAUGCUGGAUAAUGACCAGGAGGGGUUGUCAGGGAGCAACCAGUGGGCUCCCUACUCACUUGGCAGGAGGGACGUCCCACCUGACAAUCUCAUGAAAAAGAAUGCCCACCCCCACAACCCUUCCCACCAAUCACACAACACACACAUGAUCGUCACUUCCUCUACCUCCUCCUCGUCCACCACGCCUCAUCGUGUGGUCGGGCAGCAGGUCUAUGACGGCAUGAUGAACAAAGGCGGCCAAUACCAACCAGGGAUGCCCUUGUCAGUCGUUCCCUCUGGGGGACAGUACCAAGGCAACAUGUCUCAAGGCCAUUCUGUUCCUGGACAGGCUUACCCCGGCUCCGGCCUGUCCAUGGCUAUGUCCCCAUCUGGGAACCAGCCCCAGUACAACCCCCAUUCCUCCCACACCUCCCAUCAGUCCUCCCUCCCCGCCACCAACCCCCAGUACCACGGCAACCAGGGCAUGGUCCAUAGCAACCAGGUUGUCAUGACCCACACCAACCCACGGCCCCAGAGCGCUCGCUGCCUGUUGCAGACUAAAGGCCAGAAGAGCACGGAUGGUUACCAGGAACAGUUGUGUGUGAGAAUAGAGAAGAACCCUGGUCUUGGUUUCAGUAUCUCUGGUGGCAUCAGCGGCCAGGGGAACCCCUUCAAACCCUCCGACAUGGGUAUCUUUGUUACUAGGGUACAGCAUGAUGGGCCCGCCGCCUCUGCCCUGCAGCCCGGAGACAAGAUACUGCAGCAUGACUGUGUAGCUCCUACUCUCCUCUCUCUUUUCCCCAACAGUGAUGUGUUACUGAGAUAAUGAUGGCAGUGACCCUCCAUCCUUGCACAAACACACACACGCACGCACACACACACACACACACACACACACACACACACACACACACAUGUAUGGAUAUACUGCACACACACAUGCAUCUACACAUACAUGCGCACACACACAUGCUGUUGACUGUGCUGCGUGUUUGCCUUGCAGGCUAACGGACAUAGUUUUUUACACAUGGAGCACGAGACAGCCGUCUCUCUGCUGAAGAGUUUCCAGCGGAUGGUGGACUUGACGGUUCUGAGAGACAGCAGCACGCGCUAAAAAAAAAAAAAAAAAAAUAGUUUUAUAACAAACAAACAAACAAACACAACAACGCUUCUCUACUCUGCUCAUCGCCAUCCCACGCCACCCCACCUGACCUCCGCUGGGGGCUUGUGGAACUGAAAAAUGAGCCGCCUUUUUUUACCUUUUUAAGGGAACACACAGAUGUUUAUUUGCCUAUUGCUGGACCAAAGGCAAAUACUAGUGCCAAAUGUACCAUAGGAAACAUAUCGGCUCUUCUGUCUACCGGCGGUCAGGGACCUGAUCGACGACCGGACAGACCACGAGAGGACUCUACACUCUGAGUUCCUACAGGGCUGCUGCAGUUUGGAUUGUGUGAUUGGUUUGUUAAUUAGGCAGUCAUCUGAUUGAUCAGUCUGAAUAGUUUGUUUUUGUUGGUUUCGGUAUAUUUUUGCUUUAUCUCCUAUGCCUUUUUUUUUUUUUUUUUUUUGCUGUCCAUGGUAGAUUUCCAAUGAUUUAUUCGGUGUAGCACAUGAUUUCUGUGUUCUCCAUCGCUCUCCUUUGCUUUGUCCGGUUCUUGUCUCCUCCCUCUUCUGUUGUCUUCUAUUCUGUUUACUUCUUCCCUUUCCGUCACUGUCCUGUAUUUUAUUUCUUUCUGCCGUCUUCUCUUCUGUCCUGCAGUUAGUAUUGCCUCCAGUGUACAGAAAAUUGAAACAUUAAGACUUUCUGCCUUGUGUAUAUAUACAUAGAGCUGCAGCUUUCGAGAGCUGCACUCUCCUUGGGGCCUGGGCAGACAGCUCUAAAACUUUAUGGUUAAUAUAAAUAUUGUUGAUAAACCACAUUCUGAAUUCUCUCUUAUGAACAUACAGGGAUAAUUUCUCCAAAUGGAUGAUUUUCUAUACUAUACCGCUGUUUUUUUUCUCUGUAAAGUAAACACUGUUCAUAGUUCAUCACUGCUACUUUUUUUUUGGUUUCAAAAAUUGUUGCUUGCACAGCUGUGCUGAAAAGAGCUAAAGCAAUAUUUCUGAGGCUCGGCCCACUGACAUUUUCAGCAGAGCCCAACUCCUGCAGUGCCAUCUAUUGAGCGAGUCAUGCUAAUGUUUACACACACUGCCGUGCACAUGAACUACCAGGCAAACACACACAUACAGUAGAUGUACAUGCCCCCAUACACAACAUAUAUUGCAUAAUGAAGCCCUGUUUAUAUUCUCGCCUGAUUUUAGAAUUCAACUGCUAUUAUAAAAAACAGACACACACGCGCGCACACACACUGCAACAUUAUUCAUGAUACCUGUGCCAUAUUUUGAGGUCCUGUUUUCUGGUGUUGUUACAGCGUUGUUAACAUCCCUUUUUAGCUUUUUGAGUUGUAUGAUGAAGUUACAGCAUGCUUUCAAAUCACUGGUCACUGUCAGCCAGCCAUUUUUUGUUGGCUUCUAGGGUUCUCUACACUGUAGAGGAUUCUAGAUGUAUUAUAUCACUGAGUUUCAGUGAGACUGAUGUUCUAUAGUUGGUGACAUAUGGACCCUCUGCCCCUCCCUGGUUGUAUUUACACAGGCCCAAAACAUCAGAGCUUUACUUCUUUGUGGCCCAGAUCUGAUCUGCACACAGUGAGAGCAGCAGCAUGUCGGGAAACUGGUCUUAACGUUCGGCAAGCACCCGCUCUGCUGGAGUGCCCUCCCCUCUCGUCUCCCUGUAGAAAGCAACAAGAGAAAAGCGAAUCGAUAAGGUAUAACACACAGCGUUGGUGUCUCAAUGGGCAAAUCUGUAGUGAAUCAGGUUUUCCCUCUUAGACAAUCAGGGAAUGAUCAGAUCUGUGUCACAAAGACUUUUGGCUGCACUACACUGUAAUUUUUUUAACUUGAGGAGAUGCUAAUUGACACAAAGUGUAUAUGGAAAUUUAGACAUUUAGAGGAACAGAGAAACAAAGUAACGUAGACUCUGAUGGAGAGGCUUAGAUUAUAUGAGAGAUUUCUGAGGCCAUGUAAGUGUGGUCUGACUAUGGUAGUCAUGCUUCAGAAAUUGUAUUGACAUGUCAGAAGAAACCACAGAAAAAGAGCGAAAGGAUUCAUUUUCUGUCUCCAUGUAAAUGCAGCACGUGUCUUGAAGACGUUUCAUGACAGGGAGCCGUGUUCUGUUCUGUAAAAUAUCUGAUGUUUCAUCCAGAGCAAAACAUCCUUCACUGUCUUUUACUUUUACUUGACAUGACAGAGUCAUCCUGUGCCCAUUUUGUGUCAACCCUCUUAAUAAGCGUUAGAAUUUAGUUCAUUCAAUUUAAGGGACACAAAAUGGCACAGUGUAGUCUUGUGGUUGAGAGAUCUCAGUCACAGGUAACCACCCAACCCUAUUUAGAGUUUGAAAAAUCAAAGAUAUUGUGAUGAGAACAGAGAAAAAGGUUUGAUAAUAUAAUUAUUUUUUACUACAUGUUUCAGGUAAUUCUUUCUAAAUAUAUUGAUAUACCUAAGCUUUGCUCAAAAAUUGUGAUAUUUUAUAAUAAUGACACUUAUAACAAAGUUAUGGAUGGAAGUACGCACAGUAUGACUUGGAUACCUACACAUGUACUAUCCAAAACUGUAUAAAAUGUAUUUCUACUGUAAUUGUGAAUUUGUGUUAUACAAAUAUAUAUUAUAUAUAUAUGUAUAUGGCUAUAAAAACAGUCAUUUUCUAUGUGUUUAAACUACAUAAGAGCUGAACAAAUGCUGAGGACGGUGUCACUGUACAUAGCUGUGAAUGAAAUCCAAUUUAAAAUGACUCAUAUUGAUUGUGAAUGUACUCAUGCUUUUGCAGUACCUACACCUACCCAACUUGAAUGCUGCUUCUUCUGUUGUGUGACAAAAAGUACUUUGACCUCCGAAGAGAGAAAAACGCUGUCGAGUUAUAAGUUGGACAAAUUUUAGUGAUGAUUUUAACAGAACUAUUUAUUUCUUUAUUUAUUUGCACAUGCAAGUUGAAAUCCUUCCAGUUUUAAGUUUGAGUAUUAAUGCGGAGAAAUGUAAUUGCAGAAGUAUAUAUAAUAUAUAUCAUGUGUUUAGAAUGCAUUUUGCAGACGCUAUCUGUACAUACUAUUUAAGAUACAGUUUUUACAAAAAAUAAUAUAUGUAUAAAAUUGAAAAAAUGCUGUGCAGCGAUUAUACUAGAGCCAUUUUGGGCUUUGGGACGUACCAUUUUUUCAGUAUAUAAGAAGUGUUUUGAAUAAUGUACUAAAGUCUCUAUUGUACAAAUAAUAAAAAUGUCACUAUUGGUAA